AUGCUAAAAUUUGAGGCAUUCAAGAAAUAACAGAGACUGAUUGAGAGAUCACCUUAGUUUAUCGUCCAAUAGUUAUUGCAGAGAAAGAUUGUGUUCAUACGCGAAAACUUCAGUUCCAAGGAGAAUUUCAUGAUUCAAGUAAAUAGUGAUGAUUAACCACCUUAGAAAGAAGAAUCAUAGGAGAUUAUAUAUCUUAAGCCAGAAUGUGGUGAUCAGGUGAUGAAUGAGUUGACCAGAAUAGCAAUGUCUGAAAUUCCUGAGAACGAAUAAUUAGAGUACCACAUAAGGGCAUAGCAAUUGUUGGAUUACUUCACUUAGAAUCAGUAUGCUAGCAACCAAUAUUUUAUAGGAUUCAAGUCUAAUACACAACAGUUUUAUUUCAUAAGAUCAAUUAUGCAUUGGCUUUGAGAAAGUAUGGAUUGACAGAGGAAGUCAUCAAUUUAUUACUGGAUAGUGAUCAGAUUCUCAAAAUCAAAGGGAAACAACUGAAAAAGCAACCUCUUGAUAUCCAGUUGUUGGCUAGAAUUGUAUAAAACAAACUUAUGAGAUUGCGUAUCAUCUUUUAAUGCACUUUAUUAUUUUCAGAAAGUAGAAGGUAAUACUAUCAAACUAAUACGAUAGAAACAAACAGGCAUUGGAAUUGGCUAAAAGUGCAUUAAAAUAAUUGAAGGCUAUCUAUGAAACUACAAUAAAAUUAUGUUAGUAGAUGAAUCUAACUAAUAUAAUAAAUAAGAAGUAAAGAGCCAAUUCAGAAAUGAGUCUGGCUACCAUGACAUCUUAGCAACCCUAAAAGUUAUCCUAUAGUUAGAUUGUUGAAAUGGUAUUCAAGGAAAUAUUGGCACUCAUCAAAUGUUCAAUGCCACAAUCCCAAUUCGAGGAUAAGAACACUCAAAUCAUUCGAAGUCAUCAAAGUAGAAGUCAAUCCUUAGAUAAGUACAGCGAAUAGAUCUCCAUUGGCAACACUAGCAAUCAAAAUAAUAAGUUGUAUCCAAACAUUACUGAUAAUCAUCCCAUGUUACAGAUGCAGAUCCUAGGCUUGAUGUAAAUGACACAAGUGGACAUAGAAGAAUUGUAUCCAAUUAGCAAUCCAGAAAUGGUCGUUACAGAAGAAGUCAUACUAGAACUGAUAAUGUUGGCUGGAUUAAGUUUUUAUAGUAUAUCCACUGAAUUGAGAUUCAUUAAUUCUAAUUUUGAUAAUCGAUCCAAUCUUGAAAUAUGGCUAUGCAAGAGUCUCGAAAUCUAUUACACUUAUGUUCCUCAUAUGUCAUAGAUUUUUAAUUAAAUUUAUCAGGUUUACAAGAAACUCUAUGGUGUUGACAAGCAAAUGAUACCUGAAGAUCAAGAAAUCACACACCUAACAAAGUUAUUGCGACCACACCAAUUUAAUAACAAGGCUACAUUAGCCAAUAAAGUAGUUAUAGUAAUUAAAGUGCCUGAAGGUCCAGGAUCUGCAAUUAAACAUGCUAAUACAUAACAGAAAACAAUACCAUCUAAUAAAACAAGCAAAAAGUAUUAUCGAUAGAAGAUAUUAUUAUAGACACCUUUUAACACAAGUUGAAGAUCAAGAAGAUACCGGAAGAUCUCCUAGUCGCUUAUUUUUAAAACCAACUAAAUCAUAAUAACCAUUGGAAAUCAAACAAAGGGUUGAUUUUUUAAUGAAUCACAUAUUAACUCAGUAGGCUAAGUUAAGUAAAGAGAAGAUGAAAAUUAUAAAGAGCCGUCUUAAACCUGAUCUGAGUAAUGGUAAUGUUGGUAUGACUGCCUCUACAAAUACCACUAAUAAUACUACUUAGAACACAACACAAAAUUCAGCAAAAUCACCACCAAAACAAUUGAGUCGUUCUCUCUCGAAUUCUCGUAAGGCUAGUCAGUGUAUAGUACCUGCUUAAUUGAAUAUUCAGCAGGCAUUGCAUUAAACAAGAACAGCAUAAUUAAAGUAUAGAUAUCGAAAUCAAUUUAACACUUUGCCUAUUGAAGAGAGUCCCACAUAAUUUAAUAGCUAAAGAAAACAAGGAACUCUGGAUUCUGCAAAAAAACAAUACCAAAAUAAAUAUUAAUUAGUACUUUAAUAGAAGUUACAGAACCUCAAUUGA